AUGACUAGUAUGGAAUUCCCUAAAGGUUUCUUUUACAUUAAGUCUGCUGACUCACCUUCGGGUGCUUCCACGUCUUCCCCUGCCUCCCAAAAUUUGGUAGUGGACGUUGAACGCGGUUUUUUUGUGUCUUGGGGUGCAAUUAAAGACGGUUCAAAAACUGUUGUUGCUCUACAAAAAAGUGACGCUGACCACGACCCAUAUCAACUUUGGAAGUAUGAAGACGGUUGGCUCGUUAAUAAACAAACUUCUCUAUGUUUAGAAGCUGAGAGUGGAAAAGUUGGUAACCGUCUCAUCCUUCACCAUCGAAAGAGUCCUCAUCAAGCUGCAAAUCAACGAUGGAACAUAAACAAGGAUGGACAUAUUGCCUUACAAAGCCAUCCUAAACACGUUAUCGACGUUAAAGGUUCCGUGAAAGAAGGUGCUUCUAUCUUGCUCGCCGACAGUGGUUCUAAAGCUUUUGGCAAGUCUAAUCAUGCUAAGUGGACAGUGAUCGCUUUAUCAAAGAAGAAAAGUCGUAGCGGAGGUGCUAUCGGUGUCAUUAGAUUGGAAUUAGUGGGAGCAAAGGAUCUUAAAAGCGUUGACUCUUUCCUCACAGGAGGAAAAUCCGAUCCUUAUGUUCGAGUUUUUCACCAGGGUGGUAAAGAUGUUAUCGCUCAAACCAAAGUCAUCGAUAAUAAUUUGGAUCCUGAAUGGAACGAAGUUCACUAUUUACCAGUAAAGAAUAUUGGUGAUAAGUUCAUCUUGGAAGUGAUGGAUUUCAAUACCUUCACCAAGGACAAAACGCUUGGUCAAUGUGUUUUCGAAGUUACUAGAGAAGUAGUUAAAGAAGUUGGAGAUGACUUAUAUGAAGGAACAGCAGCGGGUAUUGAUACUUGGGUUAAACUUUCAAUCAAAGGACAAAUUCACUACAAAGCAAAAUUCUUCCCGUUAACUCCUUUGCCGGAACCAUCGACAGAUUUUCUUGCAAAUCUUAAAGAAAAACCCUUUGAUCGAUCAACACUUUUCACACUUAUCACGUUGCAGUCACCAGAUGGUAGCUUCGCUCCUUCUAACACCUUAGCCAAUUUAUUUGGUUAUCCCGAUUCGGAAGCCAUGUUUAGUUUAUAUAGAGCCAAUUGUCAUGAAGAGAGAGUCUUGGAAAUUAACAAAACGAUCUGGACCACUAGUAUGGUUUUAUGGUUCUUGAGAUAUUUAUUAAAAGACUUUCGAAAUGAAUGGAGCGGCGCUUAUGAACGUGCAGAACAAUAUAUCAGUAAAGAGAUUAGUGGUGACUUGGAAAUCGAAGAGAUUGUUAUUGCCUCUGGAAGAAAAGCCGUCCGUGAAAGAUUUGACAUUAAGACCAGUGAUCCACAAAAAACGGUUAUUACACGAGAAAAGAUCAAGUCAACACACAUUCAUCGUAUCAUGAAAUUUCAACUUAAAACUAAUGGUGCAUUCCAAAUCAAUGAUGAACUUGCGAAGUCCCUUUCAUUUGAUAAUGCUGAUCAACUCCGCACAGCACUCACUGUACAUAUAAACAAGCAUGCUAAAAACUCAAAAAUCACGCAUUUGGUAACUCAAGUCUGGGUUAAUAUUCUUGUAUUGCAUUUCUUACGACUAGUCUGCGUGGAACAUCAAGCCGAAUGGAAGGAUACUUAUUUAAGAUCUUACAGAUGGUUAUGGGGACAAUUCAAAAGCAGAGAAUCAAUUGAACAAGAAGCAUUUAACAUUGUCAGUUCAUAUGUGAAAGAGCGAUAUAGCGUUAAAGAAGAUGCCUUUGAAUUGGAUUCUCAAUUUAUGAAGAUUAUUUCCGAAGAGAUCAAUUCCAUUAGGAAAGGUUCCCGAGAAAUUACAUUCGGGGGUGGAAUCGUUCCUGCCAAAACCCUUUACGGUAUUGCACGAAUUAACAUUAUCAAAGCAAAGAAUCUCAUGCAAGCCGACUCUUGGUUUGGUGGUGGUGCCUCUGAUCCUUAUAUGAAAAUCUCAAGUGUAUCUACUGGUUAUGAAUACGGCGAAACUCGUGUUAUUUACAAUACUAUCAAUCCAGAGUGGCAGCAAGUGUUUUACAUUCCAAUUUAUGAUCUUAAUGAUAAAUUCAAGUUGCAAGUUUACGAUUAUAAUGCUUUCUUCAAGCAUGUACUUUUGGGAUAUUAUGUUCUCGAUCUCAAAGACUUUAUUAAGCUUUUGGGUAAUGGAACCAUUGAAGGAAAGCAUUUAGAACUUGAAUCCACUUUGUCAAUAAAAGGAUCUAGUAAAGGAAAGCUUAAUUUUACCGCCGAUUUUAAUCCCUUUUCCCAAAACGAGACCGAUUUAUUUACAACCACCACUAUAUCGAAAACUACCAUUACAAUUCGUCACUUAUAUCUUUUGAUGACUUAUCAACGUCAAGAUGGUUGUUUCGAAUUAAAUGACAAUGUUGCAAGCUUGUUUAACUUUUCUUCCAAGGAUGAGUUAAUAAAAGCAUUUACCACUUACGUACAAAAGGACGAACUUGUGAAAGCUCUUCAUGUUGAUGUUUGGAGUUCUGCAUUAAUUACAGCAUUAUUUAAAGCUUUAUUCUGGGCUCAUCGACGAGAGUGGAAUACAGUUGACCAAAAAACUGAAACUUACUUGAGCGAAACUGUCACCGAUCUUGAAACUGAAGAACGAUUAUAUAAUUUGGCUAAUAAAUUUGUCGUUGAACACUUUAAAAUCUCUGAUUGGGAAAGUGAAGAGCAAAAAAGGAGUCUCGGUUUAAGUCUCCAACCAAAGAAAACGAUUAACACUCGUCGUAAUAUUAAUGUACGUCAAGUACGUCGUUAUAUCAGCUUUCAAAAAGACACGGGCUGUUUCGAACUUACCGAUCAUAUGUCCGAAUCUCUUGGAUUCAGUUCAGCUGAGGAGGCGAAGAAAAUCUUCGAAACACAUUUCGCUAGUUAUGCAAAAGCUUCAAAACUUGAUGCCAACGUGUAUAUUUCAGCUGUCAUGAUUUGGCAUAUGAGAUACGUGAUGGUUGAUUUCAGAGGCGAAUGGGCUGAUAAAUAUAAGAAGACAGCUUUGUGGGUAAGUGAACAAGUGAAAGACGAACAAGUUGAAAAAGAAGUUCUUGAGGCUGCAAAGAUUUUCGUCAUGAAGAGGUUCGAAGUUGACGCGGAAUCAAUAGAAGAAGAUGAAUCCUUCGAGGAUUCCUUGAAAUUUAAACCUCAACCCGUUUCACACGACGAUGCAGCUGCAAACGACGACGAUUUUAUCGCAGGAGAUCAAGUCAUUGGUCUCCUCAGAAUCAGAAUCAAAAGCGCCAAGGAUCUUCCAAAUCAAAGUUGGUUUGGAACGAAACCGGAUCCUUAUGUUAAAAUUCUUGAUGCUUCUUCAAAAGAAAUCAUUCGAACUCGAACAAAUCAUGAUACACUUGCCCCUGUUUGGGAAGAAAUUCAUUACGUAUCAAUUCAUGGCCCUGGUGAAAAAAUCACCUUUGAGAUUAUGGACGAAAAUUUAUUCAUUUCUGACAAAACUCUUGGUUCUUAUGUUCUUGACACUGAAAAGUUGAUUGGUAGAAAUGAAGAUGGUUCUUUCACUGCCGGUGAUCUUGUAGAACAAUGGUUCUCGCUUCAAAUUGGAAAAAUUUUUAAAGGAGAGUUGAACAUGGAAGUCCAAUUCUUUUCCACCUCUUUUAACUUGGAAGAGAGCUUUAUCUUCAAACGAGAAACCAUCGAUCUUAAACACCUUUACAUUCUCUUCAGCUGGAGACUUACGAGCGGUUCUUUUGAAUUUUCUGACAACUUGUCUCGUUUCUUUAAUUGUAAAUCCGAGGAAGAGUUAAGGAGCGUCUUCAAGAAAUUCACCAUUGCUGAAGAACGAUUGCAAACGUUAAGCCAAUCUGUCCUUAGUACUGCAUUAGUGAUCACAUAUUUGAAACUAUUAUGUUGGAAACAUCGUCAAGAGUGGACAAAGAUUAUUGCAAAUAGUGAAGAAUGGUUGAGUUUAGAAAUCGAUGAUAUUGAACUUGAGGACAAAUUAUAUGGCGCUUGUGAAAGAUUCAUCACCGAAAGGUUCCAAAUUAAAGAAUAUGAGGAUCAACAGCAAAAAUGUUUAGUUACAAGAGAUAAACGAGAAAUAAUUACACGUAAAUCCAUUACUUCUCGAAAAGUUCGUUAUAUUCUCAAUUAUCAAACCAAAGCUGGUUCUGUUCCCCUUAACAAUAAGACUACCGAAUUCUUUGGAUUUGAAAGCACUGAGGAGUUCACAAAAGAACUUCAAACCCAUUUCCAUAGCGAAAGUGUCACAAAAGUUCACCAGGAUGUUUGGGUUACCGCUUCUACAAUUUGGUUCCUACGUUAUGUAGCCGUAGACUUUCGACAAAAUUGGGUCAAGGUUUAUGAUCAAGCAUCCGAAUAUUUAAGAGUUCAAUGUAAUGGUGACUCAAAAUUGGAACAAGAAAUUUUAGAAAGUGCCAGGAACUUUAUUAUCAAACGACAUCAAGUUGAUAAAACAUCAAUUGAAGAUGAUAAUAGUUUCGCUUCGGCCGUUGAGAACAAACAAAAGGCAAUUCAGCGAGAUGAAGUUGAACAGAAGAGACAAGAGCUAAUUAGAUUAAAUAAGAGAAGAGUUUCUUAUCGAGAAGUAAAACAAACCGUUACAGUUGAUUCUGUCAAGAGAUAUCUUUCUCAUUGCAAAGAAGAAGGAGGUUUUAUUUACAAUGAUGAUGUCGUUGAGCUUUUGAAUUUCACGGAUAGCAAGUCCUUCGAGACUUCGAUUCAGAGUCACUUCGUAUCUGAACGUACUUCGAAACUUGACAAAAAUAUCAUCACAACUGCCAUAUCGCUUUAUUACCUUCGUUUGGUGGCCUACGAACAUCGUACCGAAUGGAAAUCAUCAUAUGAGAAGUCGUCUGCAUGGUUAAAACAACAAGUGAAUAAUGAUGAAGUUGAGCGAGAGUUAACUGAUAUUGCAAAGGAAUUCGUCAUUAGUACUUACAAAGUAAAACCUGAUACGAUCGAAGCGGACAUGAAGGAAUACCCAAAACCAGUUUUGCCAACAAAGGUAAAAGAACCAACGAUCAAACCAGUCACGGUACAAGUCACACAACCUAAGUCCAUCGUAACGGAAGCUGUUGAAAAAAGCACCUACACAGUUGAGCAAAAACGUGUAGCUCUUGUUUCCGUUCAAUCAUCUACUACAGUUGAAAAGACCAAGUCAAUCAUUUCUUAUCAACAUACAGAAGGAUACUUCAAAUUAAGUGAGGUUGUUUCCAAGAAACUUGAGAUCUCCGAGGAGUCCUCGAUUAAAUUGAUUCAAUCUUAUACCACCGAUGAGUCAAUCAAACAAUUAACGACCAAGGCCGAAAUUGUUUCGACCGCUUUGACGAUCAGUUAUCUGCAGACAUGUGCUAAUCAACAUGAGACCCACUGGAAGGUUCAAUAUGAACAGGCAAGGAAAUACCUUAAAGAACAAAUCAAAGAUGUUGAGAAAGAAGAACAAAUCUUGGCCAUAAGCAAAAAAUUGGUAGUAGAAAGAGCGACUCAAAAGGUUAUCCGAAAACAACAACGUUCCACUUUGGCUUCCAUUCAAACUUCCACAACAAUCGAAAAGACAAAAUCUAUCCUAUCCUCAUUCAAAUCGAAUCAUUUCGAAUGGAACCAAACCAUUUCAAAGAAACUUGAUGUUUCCAAUAACAAUUUUGUUUCUACUUGUGAAUCAUAUGCCACGUCUAAUAAACUCAAAGAUACGAUCACGACGAAAACCUCCGUGUGGCAAACCGCAAUUCAACUCCAUUACCUUAAACUUUCAGCCUCUCAACAUGAUAUUCAAUGGAAGGCUCAAUAUGAAACCGCAAGGAAAUGGAUAAGCAUUCAGAUCAAAGAUGCCAAAUUAGAAGAAGAAUUAAUGGAAGCUUCCUAUAAGCUAUACGUGGAAAAAGCUACGCAAAAGGUUGUCGUCAAAAAGAAACGUGCCGCCUUAUUACACAUUCAAUCAAAGACCACAGUUGACACAGCAAAGGCCAUUUGCUCAAAACAAACACAAGAAGGCGCUUUUGAAUUAAGUGAAGAAGUUUGCAAACGUAUCGAUGUAUCUUCAUCGGAAUCGUUACUGACCACCAUCAAGUCUUAUGACGUCAGCGAAAAGGUCAAGAAGAUAACCAAUGCUAAAAUCAUUGAAUGCGCGACCGUACUCGCAUAUCUCAAGACCACGGCUUCCACACAUGAAUCUCAUUAUAAAUCAAAAUACGAACAUGCAAAGAAAUGGCUUACCAGUCAAUGUAAUGACGAGGAACUAGAGAAGGAAGUUUUAUCGGUCUGUAGUACAUUAGUGAUGGAAAAGACUUCUGAAACCGCUGUUCGUAAACAAAAGCAAAAGGAAAAGAGGAUCGCAAUAUCCCAUAUCCAAUCCAAAACCGAUGUUACGACCACGAAAAAGAUCAUCAAAGUACAAAAACAAGAUGGUUCCUUUAGCCUCUCUAAUGAAAUUAGCCAACGACUUGAUCUUGUUUCUACCUCCACACAAAACAUUGUUUCUUCCUUUAAAUCAUAUGCCGUUAGCGAACGCGUCAAAACCGCGUCCGUCGUCAAUGAUACCGUUAUCUCCACUGCUCUGACAUGUUCCUAUUUGAGUACUGUCGCCAGUGCUCAUAAAGAAACUUGGAAGGUUGAAUAUGAACGUGCGAGGAAGUACUUGAGAGAACAGAUUAAGGACGUUGAGCUUGAAGAAGAAAUACUGAGAUCAUGCUCGAAACUCAUUGUUGAUAGAAGCCGUUCAAAGGUCAUUUACAAACAAAAGAAGAAGGAAAAGCGAACCGCCUUGUUGCACGUCCAGUCAAAGACAACAGCGGAACAUGCCCAAUCCAUCGUUUCAACACAAAAAGAUACCGGUAGCCUUGAAUUAAGUGAGGUAAUCACCAAGAAUUGUGGCAUCUCAAAUGAAUCCGUCCUCACCUCUGUGAAAACAUAUUCCACCACUGAAAGUUUGAAGAAGGUGACGAAUGUUGAUAUCUGGAAGACGGCGAUUUCAUUAAAUUACCUUGAAAAUUAUUGUACCGCUCACGAAUCCACUUGGAAAGUUCAAUAUAAGAAGGCCAGAGAGUACUUGAGCAUUCAAAUUAAAGAUAAGAAGGUGGAAGAAGAGUUAUUAGAAGCUGCAAAGAAAGUUGUAAUUCAUAAAACCACCACAAACGUUGUUCGCAAGCAAGUCAAAAAAGAAAAGAGAUUAGCCUUGACUAAGGUUCAAUCCAAAACGACUGUAAGUACGGCCAAAGAAAGCGUGUCCACCCAAAAACAAGAUGGAUCAAUUGAACUCAGUGAAACCCUCAGCAAGAAUGUCGAUGUCUCAAAGGAAUCGUUGACCAGUGUCGUUCACUCAUACGCUGUUAGCGAAAAAGUAAAGAAGGUUAAAGAUGAUACAAUCAUUUCAACAGCAUUAGCGAUCAGUUAUCUCAAAACUACAGCAUCCGCUCACGAGAAACACUGGAAGGUUGAGUACGAAAAGGCAAGAAAGUAUCUAAGUGAAAAAGUUAAGGAUGCUAAAUUAGAAGAAGAAAUUUUGAAGUCGUGUGAAAAAUUAGUUGUUCAUAAAACAACGCACAAAGCAAUCAUUAAAGAUAAAUUAAAGAAGAAACAAGAAGCCUUGACUUAUCUCAAUAAUAAGACUUCAGCCGCGACCGUAAUUAGCAUUGUAUCAACCCAAAAAUCUGACGGUUCAAUUGAAUUGAGCAAAGAUCUUAGCAAGCAUCUUGAAGUUUCAUCCUCCGAAACUCUCGUUACUUCCAUUAAAUCAUUUGCAGUUAGUGAAAAAUUAAAGAAACUUACUCAAGUUCAAAAUAAAAAAUUGAUUGAAUCCGCCGUCACCAUCAGCUACUUGCAGAGCACAGCUUCCUCACAAGAACAACACUGGAAAGUUCAAUAUGAGAAAGCCAGAAAAUAUCUUCGCAAUGAAAUCAAGGACACAGAAUUAGAAGAAGAACUCUUGAAAGCUUGUAAGAAAUUCGUUGUACGAAAAAGCACUAGUGUUGUAGUCCAAAAACAAAAAGUAAAACAAAAGAGAAUCGCCUUGACUAUCGCUCAAUCGAAGACUACAGAAGAAACUGUCAAGAAAAUUGUUACAACUCAAAAAUCAGACGGGUCAUUUGAAUUGAGUGAUGAAGUAAGCAAGCAACUCGACGUUUCAUCAACGAGCACUUUAGUUAAUACUUGUCGCGCUUUUGCAACGAACGAGCGUGUCAAGAAUAAAGUUAAAGAUGAUUCAGUUUGGACAACUGCAGUCACAAUUAAUUAUCUAAAACACAACGCUUUAACCUAUGGAUCAACCUGGAAAGUGCAAUAUGAACAUGCCAGAAAGUAUCUCAGCAAAAAAGUUGGUGACGCCGAUUUGGAAGAGGAGAUCUUGAAAACGACCAAGAAGGUAGUUGUGGAAAAGACCACCUAUAAAGUUACAAAAGAACAAAAGAAGGAGGAGAAGCAAGCCGCAUUGUCUAUCGUUCGAUCAAAAACCGAUGUCAAGUCCAUUAAAGUUGUUAAAGAAUCGCAAAAUAGUGAUGGAUCAUUCACACUUGUUGAUACCAUCGCUCAACAUCUUGACAUUUCUUCCAAAGAAACUCUAAACAAUUCUUUGAUAAUUUAUACCACCAAUGAAACCUUGAAGAAAUACAUCAAAGAGAAGAAGCUUAAUGAUGAUGUUAUUUCAACCGCGGUCACUAUUUCCUACCUAAAAGUUAGCGGUUCAACUGACGAGUCAACGGUAGAAUACAAGAAAGCUAGAGAGUAUCUCAAGAAACAAAUUAAUGACAGCGCUAUUGAGGAAGAAGUUUUGAAAGUCACUUCGAAACUCGUCGUUGAUAAAUCUACAAAGAAAGUUAUCUCUAAGCAGAAGAAAGCCGAGAAGCGUCAAGCAAUUUCUGACAUUCAAAAAAGCUGUUCGCCCGAUAAAGCCCAAUCUAUCAUUUCUAAACAAAAGAGUGAUGGAUCAAUUGAAUUAAGCGAUACAGUCAGUAAGGAUCUAAAUAUCAACAAGGAAAAUUUGAAGACCACCGUUAGUACCAUAACUACAAAUGAAAAAGUCAAGAAUGCUUCGGAAUCAGCUUGGACUACCGCGUUAAGUUUAAAUUAUCUGAAAAUUAAUUCUGGUUCGCUUGAAGUUAAGGAAAAGUAUGAUCAAGCGAAGAAUUAUCUCAAAGUACAACUCGGAAACGAUGAGAAAGCUGCGGAUGAGAUGUUGAAAGCAGCGGACAAAUUGGUAAAAGAAAAAAUCGUGGUUAAGCAAGUUGAAGAGAAGAAGCAAGUAGUAAAGCAAAAGGCUUUGUUAGCUAUUCAAACAAAGACCACCGAAGAAACCAUUAAAACCGUCGUUUCAACUCAAGAAAAAGAUGGUUCUUUUGGAUUAAAUGAUGUAGUUUGUAAGCAUCUUGACAUUCCUUCAGGAGCUCUUGUUACAACGGCAAAGAAAUACGUGACAAGCGACAAAUUAAAAAAGAUUGACAAUCCCAAACUAUUCAACACGGCCAUUACUAUCACCUAUUUAGAAAAUACAUCAUCUGCUCGCGAUAGUAAUUGGAAGGAAAAGUAUAAUCAGGCUCGAGAAUAUCUCUCAAAGCAAAUCAAGGAUGCGGAUUUAGAAGAGGAAUUGAUGAGGGCAUCCCAAACAUUGAUCGUUGAAUCAUCUACAAAUGUUGUCCGCAAACAGGAACGACAGGAAAAGAAGGAUUUAAAGGCAGCGGCGCUGAUUUCUCUUCAAUCAAAGAACACUGUUGAAGAUACAAAGAAAGUUUUAAUCGAUCAAAAAUCAGACGGUUCCUUCCAAUUGAGUAAGGUCAUCACGGAAAAGAUUGACGUUUCUAACGAAAACCUUAAUGACACCGUUAAAUCAUACGUUAAAAGUGAGAAACUUAAAUCAAAAGAGAGUGACAAAUGGUGGAAAACGGCUCUUUCGAUUCAAUAUUUGAAAAAGACAGGCGAUCAACAUAAAACUGAAUGGGCUGAUAAGUAUGACAAGGCGAAAAAAUAUCUGAUUAAUGAAGUUAAAGACGAAAAAUUAGUGGAAGAAUUAUUAACUGCCUCAGAAAAGAUCAUCGUAGAAAAGGGCACAGAGAAAGUAAUCACUGACGAGAAAAAGGCUGUGUCCGGUGCUAUUAAAAACUCUACUUCAACUGAGAAGGUCCACGAAAUUAUAUCAAAUCAAAAAGUCGAUGGAUCCUUAGAAUUAACCGAGACUGUCACUAAAGAACUUGAUGCCGAAUCUACCGAAUCACUUGCUUCCACUGUAAAAUCUUACUUCACUAAUAAAGAUAUCAAAUUACCCGAAAACGAUUCAAUCAUUAAAACUGCCAUGACCUUAUCUUUCCUCCGAAAAACGUCAUCCGCGGAUUCAUCACCAGAAGUAAAACAGAAAUACGAAAAGGCGAAGCAAUAUUUAAGCACUCAAAUAAAAGACGAGAAAGUGGAAAAAGAAUUAUUAGAAAAGACCGAUCAAAUUGUUGUUGAUCAUGCAACGAAGAAAGUAGUUAAAGAAAAGGCCCACAAAGUAGUCCUCGAAAAGGUGCAAGAAACCGUAACCGUAGAAGAGGUCGAUAAAGUUACCAAAACUCAAAAUAAUGAUGGUUCGUUUGAAAUUUCCGAAAAAAUUACCGAAGACCUUGAGAUAACCACAACAAAAGACAUUGUAUCCUCAAUUCGUGUCACUGAUGAACGCGUCAAGAAAUUGGACAUUAAAACUUGGAACACGUUCAUAACAUUGGCUUACUGCAAUAAGGUACUAAGUGGACACGAAUCGAAAUGGAAAGUUCAAAACGAAAAGGCUCGUGAGUGGUUACACAAACAAAUCAAGGACGAAAAAUUAGAAAAAGAAAUCUUGGAAUCAUGCGAAAAGGUUGUGGUUGAAAAGGUCUCUAAGAAAACAAUUAAACAAACGUCUGAUAAGAAAAGAGAUCAGAAAGUACAAUCACGAGGUUGGGGUCUUGGUGACGUCUUUGGUAGCAUUUCUCGAUCAAUCACAACUGGUGUCGACUCCAUCUAUCAAAGCAUUGAUUAUUCUACUCGCGAUGAAACCGAAGAAGAAAAGGUAAAUCGAAUUGUCGUUGAAAAACAACAAGCCGCUAUCGUUGCAGUUCAAACGUCCACAACCCUUGAGAAAACUACAACCAUUGUAUCUACUCAAAAAGAAGACGGUCGUUUUGAAUUAAGCGAUGUUAUCCGAAAGAAGCUUGAUAUAGCAUCCAAAGAGACUUUGAUCACUUCAAUUCAAUCAAAAACAGAGAGCGAAUCAAUCAAACAAAUUUCGAAUUCUGCUUGGUUCUCAACGGCCCUGACAAUUUGUUACCUAAAAACAGCAGCACCUCAACAUAAACCACAUUGGAAUAUUCAAUAUGAACGUGCAAGGAAAUAUUUGAAGGAGCAAAUCAAGGAUGAAAAUUUAGAAGAGGAGCUUUUAGCAGUUUGUUCCAAGUAUGUCAUCACUAAAGCCACAGAAAAGGUUGAAAAGAAGCAAACAAGAAAGGCCAUUACUGUUAUACAAUCUUCAACCACUUUGGAAAAAACCAAAACUAUCGUCUCCUCUCAGAAAGAGGACGGAUCAAUCCCAUUGAGUAGUGUAAUCACCAAGAAGCUUGACAUUGAAUCCGACAAAUUAGUUUCUACGAUCAAUUCAACUUGUGACGUUAGUGACAAACUUAAGAACGUUGCUGAUGAAAGCAUAUAUAGCACUGCUGUUUCGCUAAACUAUCUUAAGAUCGCGGCAAAUAAAUACGAAGGUGAAUGGAGAACAAAAUAUGAAGAAUCGAAGAAAUACCUUAGCAAAAAACUUAAUAGCGUCGAAUUGGAGGAAGAACUCUCAAAUGUGACCAACAAAUUUGUUAUCAAGAAGGCAUCAGAAAAAGUGAUUCGCAAAGAAAAACAAACCGCCCUUGUUCAUGUACAAACGAAGACGACUCCUCAAACUGCCAUAGUUGUUUGUAAGACACAAAAACAAGACGGUUCAUUUGAUAUUAGCGAAACCAUUACCAAGAGUAUUGAUGUUACAUCGGAAACUGUAACUUCCUCCGUUCAACCUUACAUCGUUAACGAAAAACUCAAAAAAGUUGAUAGCAAAUUAAUCUCUACAGCAAUAACCUUAAGCUAUCUCAAAACAACUGCCACCGCUCAUGAAAAAACGUGGAGAAUCGGAUAUGAAAAGGCCAGAGAAUACCUUCACAAAGAACUCAACAACGAAGAAUUGGAAAGCGAGUUGCUUCGUUCUUGCGAAAAAUAUGUUUAUGAUAAGACCACGGAAAAGGUUUCUCGCAAAGAAAAACAAAAAGUAAAACGAGUCGCUUUGGCCAAGAUUCAAUCAAAGACUUCCGUCGAAACUACACAGGCUGUUGUUUCAUCCCAAAAAUCUGAUGGAUCAUUCGAGCUCAACAAGACGGUUUCCGACCAACUUGAUAUUACCGACUCAUCAAAUUCUUUAAUUACAACCGUCAAGACUUACGCUGUAAGUGAAGAAUUAAAGAAACACGUGGACAAGAAAGAUUGGUGGUCUACUGCAUUGACGAUUAACUACCUCAAAACUUCGGCUUCGGCUCACGAAGACACAUGGAAGGCACAAUACGAAAAGGCAAGGAAAUAUCUCUCUGAACAAGUCAAAGAUGAAAAGGUGGUGGAAGAAAUCUUGAAAACGAGUGAAAAGAUUUUAGUUGAGAAGACCACCGCCAAAGUUUCUCUAAAGGAAAAACAAAAGAAAAAACGUGUUGCUUUACUUGCCGUACAAUCAAAGACGGAUGUCAAGACCAUAAAGAAGGUUACCAGCACCCAAAAACAAGAUGGGUCUUUUGAUUUGUCCGAAGACGUCUGCAAACAAGUUGAUGUAACAAGGGAAACCUUAGUUACUACCGUCAAAAACUACGCCGUCAGCGAAUCUCUACAAAAAACUAUCUCCAACCACCAUUGGUGGUCAACAGCCUUGACAUUAAGUUACCUAAAAACCUCCGCCUCAGCACAUGAAGAAACUUGGAGAGUGGAAUAUGAGAAGGCGAGAAAAUACCUUCAUGAACAAAUUAAUGAUGACAAAUUAGAAGAGGAGAUUCUUAAAACUUGUUCAAAGAUUGUGGUACAAAAAACCACCGAAAAGGUUGCUAUUAAGCAAAAACAAAAAGAGAAACGUGAUGCGAUUACUGAAGCACAAUUAUCCACCACAGCUGAGACCACACAAGCCAUUAUCACCAAACAGAAAACGGAUGGUUCAUUCGAAUUAAGUAAAGAAGUUUCAGAUAAAUUGGAUGUGUCUUCUGAAAACACCUUGGUAUCCAACAUUCAAAAGUAUACCACCAAUGAAAAAUUAAAGAAGAAUUCAGAUUCUUCGAUUUGGUCUACGGCCGCAACACUAAGUUUCCUGAAAAACAACGCAACCGCCCAUCAAGGACAAUGGAAAGAUAAGUACGAUCAAGCUAGAAAGUAUCUUAGUGAGAAAGUAGGUGACGAAAAAUUAGAAGAAGAAAUCAUUAAAACGUCGGAUAAAUUCGUGAUAGAAAAGACGGCCCUCAAACAAACAAAAGAAAAGAAGAAUACCGAAAAGAAGGCAGCCUUAGUGACAAUUCAAUCAAAGACCAAUGAAGAAACGACCAAAACCGUCAUUUCAACUCACGACGAAAAAGAUGGAUCAUUUGGGUUAAGUGAAGUAGUUUGCAAAGAUCUUGACGUCUCUUCAGGAACCCUUACAACAACAGCAAAGAAAUAUGUAACGAGUGAAAAAUUGAAAAAGAUUGAAAAUCCUAAAGUUUUUAAUACCGCUGUUACUAUUGCCUAUCUUCAAACUACAUCACCUGCUCAUGAAAGCCAGUGGAAGGAGAAAUACGAAAAAGCUAGAAAAUAUAUCAAGGAACAAAUUAAUGACGAGACUUUGGAAGAAGAAUUAUUGAAAGCAUCUCAAAAAUUAGUCGUCGCAAAAACAACUAGUAAAGUAAUUCGGGAAGAAAAGAAGAAUGAGAAGGCUGCAGCGCUUGUGGUCCUCCAAUCAAAGACCACCGUUGAUACCGUCAAAGAUGUUGUUUCAGCUCAAAAAAGCGACGGAUCUAUCAAAUUAAACAAGGUCGUGUCCGAACAAAUUGACGUUUCAUCCGACAAUAUUACAUCAUCAGUUCAAACUUAUGCAGUAAGUGAUAAACUAAAGAAACUUCCUCAGGAUAUAUGGGAAACGGCGAUUAGCUUAAGCUUUUUAGGAACUUCUGGAUCUCAACAUCAAGAUCAAGUCAAAGAACAGCAAGACAAAGCAAGAAAGUAUUUAAGUCAACAACUUAAAGAUGAAAAAUUAGAGAAAGAAUUAUUAGACGCAUCAACGAAAUUUGUCGUGGAGAAGAGUACCAAAAAAGUAGUUAACGAAGAAAAGAAAGCAGCCGUCACCGCUAUUAAAAGUUGCACUUCGCCGGAAACUGUUAAAGUAGUUGUAUCUAAUCAAAAAGAGGAUGGAUCAUUUACUCUUGAUGAUAAAGUUGUUAAAGACCUUGAAGCUACUUCUUCAAAAUCUCUAGUUUCUUCAGUUCAAACUUAUUUCAGUGACAAAAAAUUAAAAUCACCGGAGAGCCAAUCAUUGAUUAAUACUGCAUUAUCAUUAUCAUUCCUCAAAAAGACCGCCCCAUCUUCAGAAGCUGAUCAUAAAGAAAGUUACGAAAAAGCAAGAAAAUAUUUAAGCACACAGUUAGGUGAUGAAAAAUUAGAAAAGCAAUUAUUGGAAACAACUGAUAAAUUUGUUGUUGAACAGGCAACUAAAAAAGUUGUCAAAGAAAAAGCCAAUCAAGCGGUCGUAAACAAAGUGCAAGAAUCCGUUACCGUAGAAGAGGUCGAUAAGGUUACCAAAACUCAAAAUAAUGAUGGUUCGUUUGAAAUUUCCGAAAAAAUUACCGAAGACCUUGAGAUAACCACAACAAAAGACAUUGUAUCCUCAAUUCGUGUCACUGAUGAGCGAGUCAAGAAAUUGGACAUUAAAACUUGGAACACGUUCAUAACAUUGGCUUACUGCAAUAAGGUAUUAGCUAAACACGAUUCGAGAUGGAAAGUUCAAAACGAAAAGGCUCGUGAGUGGUUACACAACCAAAUCAAGGACGAAAAAUUAGAAAAAGAAAUCUUGGAAUCAUGCGAAAAGGUCGUGGUAGAAAAGAUUUCUAAAAAAACAAUUAAACAAAGGUCUGACGAGAAAAAGCAACAAAAAGAAAAGGAGAAGUCAAGUUGGAUUUCGAUUUGGGAAGGCGUUUCAAGUGUUGGAUCCACAGCCACUAAUGUAAUCCAAAGCGGUUACGAUAAAAUCGGGAGCGAAGCAUUCUCUUCUGGUCCUGAUUCUGUCUAUCACGGUUAUGAAAUUAUCACCCUUCAGUCUAAGAUCACUCCCGAAACCACCCAAAAGAUCGUUUCAACUCAACAAACCGAUGGUUCGAUUAAAUUGAACGAACAUGUAACCAAACAACUUGAUAUAUCUUCUGACAACUUAAAAACGACAGUCCAGAAUUAUGGCAUCAGCGAACAAUUAAAAAAUGUCUCCCAUAAUGCAUGGGAAACAGCUUUAAAUCUCAGAUAUUUGACUAUUGCUUCAAAACUUCAACCCGAAAAAUACAAAUUACAAUCUGAGAAAGCCAGACAGUACCUUAUUGAGGAACUUAAAGAUGAUAAGUUAGUAAAUGAGCUAUUAACCACUUCGGAUAAGAUUAUCAUAGGUCAAAGCGUUCAGAAAGAGAAGAAAGAUGCCGUUGCAACCGUUCAACAAUCUACUUCAACUGAGAAGGUCCACGAAAUUGUAUCGAAACAAAAAGAUGAUGGAUCUCUACAAUUGACCGAGGAGGUAUCUAAGGAGCUCGAAACUGAAUCUAAUGAAUCAUUGGUAUCUUCCGUCAAAUCUUACUUCACCACUAAAGGUAUCAAAUUACCGGAAAGCAAGUCAAUCGUUGAAACUGCCAUGACCUUAUCUUUCCUCCGAAAAACAUCAUCCGCGGAUUCAUCACCAGAA